GUUCGCUCGCGUCGAGAGUGCACGUCACCGCGCACUUCGCUCCUCACGUAAAUUUUUAAUUUCGAGUCAAAACGUUCCAUUUUUUAAAUCCAGCAUUUUUUUUGUGUUAGUGGCCAGGACUUGAAGUGCAGUGUACUUACUGUUAAAGGUGUUUCGAUUUGAAGGGAAGUGGAAUUUCAGGGCGCUCCUAAGAGACUCCUCAGGAGUAGCGGCAUGGCAUGAGCGGUGGCGUGCGCGCGACAUGCGGCGAGCGCCGCUCGCGCACCCCGCUGUUGUCUUCAUGCUCUCUUUACUGCUGCGCUUCACUGAUGCUGGUUCAAUGGGCCCCGGUGUGCCCGAGAAUAUAACUGUGACAUUCCUCAACCCGACCACUGUGCGCGUCUCCUGGUCCACUACCGCCGAGCUGGUGGAGAAGUAUGACGUUACCUACAAACCCUCUGACGCCAGUUACAGAGUGGUGCUGGAGGUGGCGGGCAACUCCGACGCUGUGAUCCUCAGCGGGCUGGAGGCUGACACUCAGUACCAGGUGACCGUCGCCGCGCUGUGGGGCGGCCACAAGUAUAGAAGCAGGCCAAUUGUCUUCCGCACCCUGGAGCCCCCUCGGACUUCGCCCCAGCAGGACGGGGGGCUGAGCCCUCCCCGCUCCUCCGCCACACCCCCCGAGCCACAGCCCACAUUCCCCACGAUACGGGGUGUGGAGAUAGGAAUUGUGGUGCUGGUUCUGAUCGUGUGGGUCGGAGCCAUCGCCCUAUUCUUCAACAGAUGGGGGAAGAUACGCAUGCUUCUUCCAUACCAACCAGACUACAAACAAGAGCAGCUGAAGGUGCCUGGAAGCAGCGCGUUAGCAGCAGCUACUGCGGGAGGAACUUGUGGGGCACAUUCUGCCCCGUCAGCGUGCUCGCACAUGCGUUGGUCGCACACACACACGCAGAGCCUAGAGUGCGAGGAGCAUUUGCUGGCGCGGUGUAAUCGACCGCGCGUGAACUCCGCUAUAUUCGUCUCCGCUGAGCCCACCGGCUUCGCUGGAUUCGAUCCCAGCGAAUUCCUCAGGCGACACGGCUCGCAGUCCAAAUUGUGCCGUAAGGCGAGAUCUGCAGAUAAUAUUCCACUUACAACGAUGAGCGAUUCAUCAGAACGCCUCUGCAAAGCCAAACCUCCGAGGGAGGAAACAAUCAACGAAGAAGGAAAAUCUGAUGACAGUGGUAGCGUAGAAACUGUCAAACACUUUGGCUUACCAAUUCUCUCUGUUUCCGGACCUUCCCCCCCAGACGAGGACUACGACCAGAUAGACGAGUACCUGUAGCAUUUCCAUACCAGUUUCCAGCUCAAAUAUGUGCUGGAAAAGAUGAGGCCGCCCUGGCCCAGCCCUGCACAAAGCCCUUCAACUGAAAAACUAAGUCACGUCAUUUUGCACUGAACUCUACGGAUGUCCUUCGAAGUGUCUCUAAUUUUAAAAGUGAACUUUUCGAGUGCUUUGGAACAAUUCAAAAACUCUUAGAUCUAUAGCUCUUCAAAGUGUGUCUUGAUGAGGGACCAUAGUUUACGGAUGGUUUUCAUCGGAAUAUCUUAUCAGUGAAUCUACUUUUAACGAGGAAUUUAUCGUGUGUUUAGUACUAGCUAACAUAUUUCAAGUUUAUAGAUUUAUCGAUCCUCUAGAAUAAGGAAUGCACAAAAUUAUAUCAAGAUUUAUUCGACGAAUGUGGUGCCACUUAACUUCUAAUGUGUCUGAUAGUUUUAAUCGUAAAAUUCUAAUUAUAACGGGAGUCUGUAUCUUUAAAAUAUUUAGAUGCUAGCUCAUAAUAUUCUCUUUAUUCUUAGAAAAUUCAUGUGUCUAUAAGACUCUGUACAUAGUCUUUGCGCUACUAGUGUAGAAUCGAAGGUUGAACUUUGGUCCAAUGAAUCGUAUAACCACGAGCACAGAUGGUGUCUUAGGUUAAGUUUACAGAACUAUUAAGUAUAUGCUUGGGAAACUUUUGAGAGAGUAUUUUGUAAAUAUCCAUAUCAAUGAAUCUAAAAUAUCCCGUCGCAUCGGCAGUUCUUGUUUGUUUUGUGUCAAUUAAUUUCGAUCCUUCUAGACGUACUUAAGGUUGCCUACGGCACUAAUUAGGUAAUAACCUUUAAUAUUCUAAGUGUCUUUUUAUUCUUAACUGGUGUUAAGGGACCAGACAAGAGAGAUAGUCCGGUAGGCAUAGAAUCUAAGAGAGUGACGACAUCAAGAGUAAAUAUCCGUACAGAAGCGAAAGUUCCUAUAAGAGCAAACGUUUUUUUGGAAACGCGAUGCUCUUGCUAAAGGUACAAUACAUAUUAUGUUCGGUUAGGAUUAAGUGAGAAUAACUAGUAUUAAUACCAGUUUUGAAGCUAAGACUAUAAUAUUAUUCCCUCCACUAUUUAUAAAUUAUUUUGUGGACAAAUAU